GAAGGCUAAGGGGCGGGGCUCGGACUGCUGCUAACUGGUGGUGUGACACGUACGGCGGAGGCGGAGGGACAAACGGACGGAGAGAAACAGAACGAGGGUUGCGUUAAGAGAGACGCAGGUGUUCUUGUAGAAAGCUCAUACACACAGCUCCACCAUGGAUUUUCUUGACCGAAAUAUUGACUUCAAGGCUCUUCUCAAGUUCUCAAAUAUUUCUCCCAGCACACGUCAGCACUUAAAACAGGUGUAUGCAAGCUUUGCUCUUUCUUUGCUGGUUGCGGCUGCUGGCGCUUAUGUCAACGUGGUCUUCAGGUUUCUCCAGGGCAGUUUCAUGUCCUUUGCAGGCUCAUUGGGCAUGAUGCUAUGGCUGAUGAUGACCCCUCACAGUAGAGAGACUGAGAAGAAACGUCUAGGAAUCUUGGCUGGAUUCGCCUUUUUCUCUGGCAUUGGUUUGGGCCCUGCUUUGAAUCUUUGCUUGGCUGUUGAUCCCAGCAUCAUUCCAACUGCUUUCCUGGCCACUGCAGUGAUUUUCACCUGCUUCUCUCUCAGUGCUCUGUAUGCACAAAGACGCACUUAUCUGUACUUGGGAGGUGUGCUGAUGUCUGUUAUGAGCCUCCUUUUACUCUCUGGAUUGGUCAAUAUUUUCAUUGGAUCAACUAUACUUUUAAAAUUUCACCUGUACGUUGGUCUUCUGGUCAUGUGCGGUUUUGUCCUAUUUGACACUCAGCUUAUCAUUGAAAAAGUUGAGCAUGGAGACAAGGACUAUGUCUGGCACUGUGUAGAUCUGUUUCUUGAUUUCAUUGCCAUCUUCAGGAAAAUCAUGGUUAUCCUGGCCAUGAACGAAAAGGAGAAGAAGAAAGAGAGAAAAUGAAGACAAGCCAUGCUCCAAAACAACUUUUCCAUAUUCUGGUUUUUCAUACCUUCUCUGGCUUUUUUCCUAAGGCAUAAUUAAAUGUUUGGGAAGCACUUCAGUUUUCUUUAAUUUUUUUCUGUCUUUUUGUUGUGUGCUUUUUUUUUUUUUCUCCCCCCUCCCCGCCCCUACAGUUUUUUUUUUUUAGUUUUUGUUAGGUUUUGGAAAUCGGCAAAAAACAAAUCUUAUUUUUCAUCAUUAUGCACACAUUUUAAACAUUAGAAUGGGCAGCAAGAUAUACCACAUGCUCCUGUACAUGGCAUAAGCUGCAUAGCCAUGCACACUGCUGUAUUGGGCAGUUACCUUAAUAUCCCAGUGUGCCUGAAAAAUGUCUGAUGCAGAUUUUGUACAAGUCCAUCUGUAAUAAGGAACUGCAAAAUGCAGUAACCCAUAGCAACUGGGUUUCAAUGUUCUGUAUUUUUAUGAAUGAAAAAUGAAGCUGGAUUGGUCCCUGGGGUUAUCCAUACUCGCUGCUCAUCCUAUUUCUUGUUAGAUUAUUGGGCAAGUUUAAAAAUCUAGCAGGGAGACGACCACUUUUGGCAUUUGCACUGUGUCUUGAACACAAACCCAUUGAGUGUGUGCAUCAGCUAUAUGAUGCUUAUGAGAGCAUUUCUUGAAUCGCUUGCUCUAAAGUGUGACAUACAAAAUUACAAUUAAGGGGAGGAGUUUAAGCUUUCCAUUGCUGAAUUUUCAUCCAAACAGACCAGCUUAAACUAUUUUAUCUUGCCAUGUAAAGGAAACUAUGAGACCCUUCUGAAUUUAAGUAUAUUGCUGUAACCUGCUAACAUAGUCAAUGGGAAACAAUCUGUACACAUCCACUUUAUAGAAAGACUUCAGAGAACUUGGUGCUCCCUCUACUGUGAAUGGACUGAUAUAGGCCCAAACGCCUGGCGGUGUGCAGGGCGACUGGCUUGUAGGAUUUUCAUGUCUCUCCUGUUUUCUGCCAAGUCUUGUGUUUGCUCAAUGAUUGAGUUGCCAUCCUAAGAAGGAACUAAGAGUCGUUAAGUGCUGGAUUAAUGUUGGUACAGCCCAUUCCCUGGCAUCGUUAAUAUCCUGGCAUUAUUCAUUGCCCAAGAUUAUAUGUUUAACACUGAAGAUCUGAAGACACAAGCUCUGCUUUGUGUCCUCGCUUCUUAUGUGAGAAAUCCAAUCCUUUUUAACCCCUUGCACAAAAAGUAUUGAAAGCUGUAAUUACAUGUAAAUUGCAUUUGAGUAGAUAAAAGUAUGUUUUUGCUUUAUGGGAGUGAAAGUAUAUUGUAGUAAUGUCUGCAGCUAUAAACCCUGUCCCCUUGUAUCUAAAACCCCUUAUUAGGAUAAAAAAAAAAACAACCUCCUUCAUUUACAUGAAUUUGACUUCUACUGCCUGGAUUUCAGCAACCAGUUCACGCACUAUGCAUCUCCUCUUCCAAUGUAGAAGAUGAGCAGUAGGAGGUCUCAGAAUUUGUGCAAGAAGUUGGAAUAAAGUGUUACUCUUUCCUUAUUGCCCCACACCCAGUCUCUCUCCUUGCCCCUGCAUGCUUUUAGGGAUAUGGCAAGUUGCUUUAGAAACAGUGCCAAGAAUUACCUUGAGGAUAAAAAGAAAAUUCUAUGUGAAAAUGUAUAACGUUUUCAUAAUAACUUUAUUUUAUAGUGCAGUGAUUUUCUGAUUGCUGAUAUAACUGCGACAGUGAGCACAGUGACUUUUUGAUUGAAAUAUGAAAAAAAUUGAUUUAAUUUGUACAAGUUCUUAAAGUACUAAAAUAAAAACUACGGAUAACA